AUGGCGGUAGACAGACAAACGGUGUCUCAGUUUUCCAAUGAAGAUACAUGCAAACGUUUGAUCUACAUAGCUAACGUUCGCCCAAAAUAUUACUGUGGUGGUCCAGAUAAAUAUACACAAAUUAAACCUGCAAAAUUGCAAUUCGUGAAAGAGAUCAUCGGCAGUGAUUACAAUCUGUUGCUCAAGACAAUAGAAUCAGUCAAUGACGACCCAUUGAUACCAUACCGAAAACAAAUUUUUAACGUGUUAUGUUCAUCAAUGUUAUUAGAAGAAGCUACAAAAGAAUGUAAAACUGAUAUAAGUACAUUAAUUCCCAAAAUUAUGAAAUAUGAUGAGGAUUUUUUCGACUAUGUUCAUUGCAUGUCCGUGUCUAAUAAACACAAGUUUUCAAAAUCUGCAAGACGGGUUGUACGUUUGUAUUACAAAGAUAAAACACCUUCUCAACUGGCUCGUUACUAUGCUAAUACAAUGAGCGUUCAUGGCUGGACGCACAAGCGACUUAUCACAGUAUGUCACGUAAAAGCUGAAACUCCAGCACAUGAGAUAGUUCUCAGUUACAUCAUGAAGAAGAAAUGUAUCGACACAGACGAGGACGAAGCUAAGGAGAACUUGGAACUUAUGAAAAAAUGCGACGAACUAAGGAAAACUAGCGAUAAAAAAUUGGCGGUUCCUUUGAUUACUGAGUUAAAAGCUUCUAUGAAGCUGGUUGAUGGGAAAUUGCGGAAAUCAGUCGCGAUAUGGACCGCCAUAGUUCCGAAUAUGUCCAUCAAAGAGAUACUACAAAUGCUUCCCAAACUGUACAAGUAUGGAUUUCUUAAGAAAGACAAGUCCUUGUAUGUCAAAGUCUCAGAAAUUUUAACGACCUCCAGCAAGGUGACAGAGUGCGGAAUUCAUCCAAUUGAAGUAUUUAUCCAGAUGAAGAAUUUUGAAAGCGGAGGAAAACCUUUAGAUCCGAAAUUAUUGCAUCACUUGGUAGCCGAAAAAAAUUUAUCCGAAGAAGCGUUAGCAAAAUAUAAAGCACCGGUUCAAAUAAAGAGCCCGACCUUCAUCAAUACCAUACAAAAGUGCAUGAACAUAUCAAUUAAUAACGUUAAAAGUGUUAAUAAGCGAUUCUUAAUCACUGUAGACGCCACUAACAAGAUGGAUACUGUAUGUAUUGGCAAUAGAAACAUAUCAAGUGUGGAAGCUGCUGCCGCUUUUCUUUGGUACUUUUUGAGGACAGAGAACCAUGUAACUGUGGCUGUUUUCAAAGAGACUGAUAUUGAAGUUAUUCCCAUGGACAAAAAAUCACAAAUCCACGAAUAUGUUCAGAAGAUUAAAGAGAACGAAAACGAAUAUUUACUUGUGUCCUCUCCAAUCGAAUGGGCCAGUAGAAAUAAAAAGAAAAUCGAUGUGUUUAUCAAUUUUAUACACCACUACGAGUACCACUCUACCAUUCCAAAAGAUGUGAAGGACACGAUGAAGAAGCCUGUCGACAUUUUAAAGAAGUACAGACAAAAAUUAGCAUUACCAGAUGCAAAGUUAAUUAACGUUUGCUUUACCUCAACUAAGCUGACUAUAGCCGAUGGGUCUGCCAAUAUUUUAGACAUCGCAGGAUUGGACUCAGAAAUGCCCAAAGUAAUAGAAGCAUUCAGCCGUGGACAUUUUUGCUAACUCGAUUGAAUCGAAUCAAAACUGAGUACAUCCAUCCGUUCAGAAGUGUUCAUAAAUUAUUUUUCUAUUUUUGUUACUACGAAAAAACAUUUAAUAAUCAUUAAACCUGUUAGUGAUAUAUGGAAAUUUCCAUGAGAUUUAAGAGACAGGUGUAUUAUUUAAGUAACGUUGUAUUUUCUUUACUGUAUCAGACACUAGUUGAAUUAGUAGAGAAUUUACUCUGGCACCGAGAAAUGUACAUUUUUGAUUAGAUUUCAUUAAACUCUGUUUAAUCGAUGUUUAUUUUUAGUGUGAGAAAUUUGGUUAAUGGCAUCAGAAUUAGUUACAUUUUAUAAAACGUGUCAUCUCUAAAUUCUAAAAAAUUUUACGUCUUACUUCGUAUAUAAUAAUUAGAUAUUCGCAUAAAAAACUGCAAAAAGAGGUAGAGAAAGUUUGGACGAAGUUUGAAAUUGCUCAAAUUAAGUUUUGAAUCCAAGUACUCUGACUAAAUUUCUUUCAUGGUAGCCAAAAAAUUACAUUUCUAUUAUUUUUUUCUACUUACAAUUAAUUUUCCUCAUAAUAUCAAGUAGUGGGCAUUAAAUAUUUCUUCUUCUUAGCUUUCUAAUUGUUUUUUGGACAUUGUUUAGUUUUUACCAAGUUUUGGCAAAAUUCUAAUGUAAACGAAUCCCAUAUUUCUUGCAAUUUUUCGUUCAUUUCGCGCCACAAAGUCUCGAUCGGGGACAAGUUGGGACUGUUAGAAACCCAUUCCAGAAGUGGUAUGCCAUGACCUCCUCUUGCGUUGGGGGUCUAGUUAAUUCAUUUUCUUCUCCAUCUUCCCCAGCUCUUGUUGUUGUACCUCCUGCCGUGCCUGCUUCUGCCUCUGUUGUUUAGUAAUUCCUUCAAAUAUGUCAUCCAGGUUCUCUUAAUUUCGUCUAUAUCGCUAAUGAUUUCACCCUUCUUAUUUUUGCAGAGGAUAGUCUUCGGUUUGUAUCUGUCUUAAAUGUUUGAUAAAUUGGUAUGCACUACGUGUUUCGUUUUCCUUGAACUCCCUCUCUAUGUUUAGUAUCCGUUGGUUUUCGUAUUUUCUCUUGUUCUGCCUGCACAGUUUAUCUGCUCUUUGUCUUUUGUCUUGUUCUCAAAUUCUGUUUUUCUCUCUCUACUACGUCUGAGUAUGUAAUUCGUAUGUGCUUAAUUUCUUUCCUGUAUAGCUUGUUUGCAUUCUUCGUCGACCUUGUUUCUUCUCUCCGUUGUGUCUUUGUUCCUAGGACUUCUUUCGCUGUGUUGAGUAUGAUACUGUUUAUGGCGUUCCAUUGGUUUUCUAUUGUGGAGUCUGCUCUGUUUUCUUCUAUUAAUUUUUCAUCCACUGUUCUCUCAAAUAUUUCUUGUAUCUCAGAGACUUUUAGGUUAUCUAAGUUUAGUAUUUCUUGUUUUGGAUAUUUUUCCUUUACCUGUCGACUGAUUUUGCAUCUAAACCGUGUCUGUUCUAGUAGAUGGUUUGAUUCACAGCUUGUGCCAUGUCUGCAUUUUACGUUUAAUAUAAGUAAUAAAUAAUGUGAAAUGUUAUUACUUAUCACACGCUUUUUCAGUUCCUGAAAUAAUUUAGUUCCUUAACGGAAUACUGCCGUUAAAUAUAUGAGAUUAAAUAAUAUUUUAACUUUUAUGCCGUUUCUUGAAUCUGAUGGAAAUGUUUAAAAUAUUUAUAAAGUUAUCUAUACGCACACUCUUGGUUAUGUGAUAGUAUCAAAAAAGUUUUAUUAAAUUUUUUCUUUACGCUAG